UUGAUGAUGAAGCUUAUAUAGCAUAUAACGCAAUUAUUCGAAAAGAUACGAUUUCUGAUGUUCAGAAAAGAGUCAUACUUUAAAACAGAUUUACAUUGUUAACGGUAUGUAAUGUAAAACGUUACAUUAAAUUAAAAUUUUUAAUCAAAGCAAGCUGGUUAAUAAAUCAUGGAUGAGAUCUGGUUCCAUCUAUCAAAUCAGUUUGAAGCACUUCAGAUUAAGUCAUCAUUAGUUGCCCAGCAAGGACAACAAUGGAUCACAGCCUGGCUGGCACAAGUACACCAAUUUUUUUAUGAAUUAUACAACAAACAAAAUGUGCAAAAUGUGAAAGAUAUUAUACAACACAUAUUUAGAUGGCUUGAAACAGCUUGGAAACAGCUGAAAUUUCAGUAUUAUAAUGCACAUUUUAGUAUUGAAGGAUUUUAUAAACAAAUAGAAUCUCUAUGUUACAAUGAAGUGUCAAGAAGGGAACUUGCAUUUUGUCUAACAGGUAUUAUUGUGGGUACUUUAAUUGGAUAUUAUUAUGGUAUUACCUGGGGACACAUAUCUCAUCAUAUGCACAAUAUUAAAGCCAUAAUAUGCCACCAUUAUAUUGGUAUUGAGGGAGUGUGUAUGAUAGAUGAUGCAGAAAUGCCUAUGAUUCAAAGAUCUAAUGAGCUGCUAGUGCAAGUUAAAGCAGUCUCAGUUAAUGUGGUCGAUACGAAAAUUUGUUAUGGUUACUCUAAAAUUUAUAGAAGACUCCUUAAUUCUGGUAAACACAAAGAACUUCCAGUAAUAUUAGGGAGAGACUGUGCUGGAGUAGUGAUAGGCAUAGGACAAAGUGUUAUUAAUUUUGAUAUUGGGGAUGAGGUAUUCUUAGCUGUACCUUCAUGGGCACCUGGUACAAUGGCGGAAUACAUAGUUAUUCCUGAAACUCAAGUAGUUAAACGACCAAAACGUUUUACUUUUGAAACAUCUGCAAGCCUCCCUUAUAAUGGAUGCUUAGCUUGGGAUGCAUUAGUUAAUAGGUCUACAAUUGAAGAAGGCAACGCGAAAGGAAAACGAGUACUUAUAUAUGGUGGAAAUACUCCCGUUGGUUGUAUUAUAACACAACUAGUUAAGUUGUGGGGAGGGUAUGUAAUUACAAUGUGUAGACCAAACGCAAUUCCCGUAUCAAAAGCUUUAGGAGCAGACGAGGUGAUAUCAUUGAAUGGUUCAGAUAUUAAAAAGGAAUUAGAACUAUAUGAUAAGUAUGAUGCUAUUUUUUAUACUGGAGGCCAACCAAUUGACGAAUGUAUAUUAAAAGAACAUUUAUUACCUUAUGGUUCUUACGUAUCGACAAUUCCAGAACAAUUGUCUUCCGAUUCAUUAGGUUUUGUAUUUGGAAGCAUAUUUGCUGGAUGUGUACGAAUAAAAUUGCUAGUACAGUAUAUGUUUGGAUUUAAUAUCCAUCAAUGGAAAGAAGGUUCAAAGAUCAGGUCAACGUACCUUCAAGCAUUGUGCGAUUUAGCUGAUGCUGACCAGUUGCAAAUGGUUGUAGAUAAAGUAUAUGGACCUCAUUAUAUUGAACAAGCACUGCAUCAUAUACUAGAUCCAAAUGCCAUUGGUAGUACUAUAAUAACAUUUCAGUGACAAUUGAAUUUUGUAAGUAGAGGAAAUUUUCUUUUCAAUCACGUAAAUAUACGAUCUUUAUCAACUACACAUUGUAAAUAAUGCCGAUACUGCCAAAUAUCAACCGAUAUUAAACUAAAUUUCUCGCGUCCCACAGAAACAUAAUUAAUAUAUUUGGUGCUAAAAUCAAGACUGAUUAAAUGCUGUAAUAAAAAUAUGUAUAUAUAAUCACACAGUUUUUAUCAUUUUGCAUUGUUAUCUAUUUAUAUGAAUGAAUCAACGAAACUGUGUACUAAAAAAAUGUACUAUGAAAACAUUGACAAAUAUUAGGUGGCACGUGUAUACACAUAUUAAAUAGAAAAUAUUAUUUAAAUAUGUAUAAUCUAUUUUAUGAAAUAAAAGUACAAAGAUUUA